UUGUUCUUUCAGCUACUGAAAUCAAGAUGAAGCUUUUGAUUGUUAUUGUCUGCGUUGCCGCGGCAACAGCCCUCGACCAGGAAUGGGAGGCCUUCAAACUUCUUCAUGGUAAGCAGUAUAACAGCCUGUCCGAGGAGAACGCCAGGCACACCAUCUUCGAGGAGAACAGCAGGAUCGUCAAGCAGCACAAUGAGGAGGCAGCCAUGGGCAAACACACCUUCUUCAUGCGCAUGAACAAGUUUGGCGACAUGACAACCGAAGAGUUCAAGAUGCUGGUGAUCGGCUCAGGUUUUAUGCCGUCCAACAAGACCGCCGAGGGGGGAGUCUUCGAGAGCCUGCCGGGACUGAAGGUCAACGACACCGUGGACUGGAGGGAGAAGGGAGCCGUCACCAAGGUCAAGAACCAGGAACAGUGCGGGUCCUGCUGGUCCUUCAGUGCGACCGGUUCCCUGGAAGGCCAGCACUUCCUGAAGACCGGCGAGCUGGUUUCCCUGAGCGAACAGAACCUGGUGGACUGUUCUCGAAGGGAAGGCAACAAGGGCUGCAAGGGCGGAAACAUGGACCAGGCUUUCAAGUACAUCAAGAUGAACGGCGGCAUCGACACUGAGGAGUGCUACCCUUACAGGGGAAGGGACGAGACCAUGUGCAGGUACAAGUCCAGCUGCAGCGGAGCCACCCUGUCCAGCUACACGGACAUCAAGACCGGGGACGAGAUGGCCCUGAUGCAGGCUGUCGGCACGGUCGGGCCCAUCUCCAUCGCCAUCGACGCCGGACACAAGUCCUUCCAGCUCUACCACCACGGUGUGUACAACGAGCCCAUGUGCAGCUCUAAGAAGCUGGACCAUGGUGUUCUUGCUGUAGGAUAUGGUACUGAUGAUGGUACUGACUACUGGCUCGUCAAGAACAGCUGGGGCGCCGAGUGGGGCAUGGAGGGUUACGUCAUGAUGUCCAGGAACAAGGAUAACCAGUGCGGCAUUGCCACUGACGCCAGCUAUCCUGUCGUCUAAUGCAAUAAAUCCUAACUACAGUUAAAGACGGCUAGUGACAUAACACACUCUCAAAACAAUGUAUCAUAUCAUGUUAUAUUACUCAACCAACAAUUGUACCGUUGCGUAUUCUAUAUUGGUCGAUGUCAUUCGUGUAUUUACUUCUGUGUGUUGUUGUUCGGUCUCAUGUCAUGAGAAUGAAAUUCGCAACAUUUCAAAGAACACAAAGUCUUGUAAUUUACCGAAUUCGAUAAGGAGCUUAGUCUGUCUUAAAAAGGAAGGCCAUCUAGCGGUUUGAGCAGAUCUGUAGCUGCGACUGACAGUCAAACGCCUGGUUCUUGUAGAUGUGCGCUGAGAGUACAGAUAAAAGUGUACGGAAAAGCUUUUGUAUUAUCAAUAAAAUAAAUCCAUACUGUA